GGAAGAGAUGUUCCGAAAACGGUCAAGUGACAGUUAGUAACACUGCCUGAAAUAGUUGUUGUAAUUUAAAUUUUUUGGGGGAUACACAUACUGUACUGUCCGCGCUGUUUGUCAGAAAUGAUUUCUUCGUAUGUCAGACAGUGCCUGACAUAGCGAUGUAAGGAUAUUUAAGUGAUUUUGGAUACACAAUAGAAGAAUAAAAGAUGUCUGCUUGCUGGGAAGCUCUACCGGAAGUUGUACUUGGCAACGUUUUUAGUAACCUGGAUAUUGCUAGCAAAAUUGCGAUCCGGUCCACGUGCUUGCACUGGCGGCGGGCAUCAUCUCGACCAGAAGUCUGGAAGUCUUUUUCGUAUUCCGAAAGGAUGAUUUGGGAAUCUAUGUUUCCAUUAACUAUGCCUGCAUCUAUGGAGGAUUUUGAACGCUAUCGGAAGUUCCACGAAGAGUUGUUGUUUUGCGUCAAAAUGUAUGGAGCAUUCUUUACAGACGUAGAACUGGAAGUGAAAGGUACUCAAUCAUCGGAGGUAUUCGAUCGUCUGUCAAAGGUGAGCCACAAAGUGAAUUCGUUAACGCUCCUGAAACGAAUUGAAGGCGAGACAUUCUCAGGUCGUCUGAAAACCGCCAUCUUUCAAUUUUGUAAAAGAAACGUCAGGAUGACAAACGUGCGUAUAGACGAUCUAAACUUCCAGGGACAGAAGAACGAAACACUUCCGCUUGGUUUGGGACAUUCUUCCUGCUUGCAAAAGUUGCGUAUCGUGAACUCAUUCAAAGAUUGUUCUUUGAGCAAUCUUAUGUACUUGGUGAACUUGAAGGAGCUUACAAUCAAUCCGAACCAAAUGAAUUUUAGCUUACUUAAACAUUUAGCCGGAUGUUCACUCCGACAGUUAAACAUCAUGGCAAACUACAAAACGAAAGACUUUUACAACGAGGCAUUGAGCAACUUUCAUUGGAAAGAGAUUCGGAAGUGUGGGCCAAAGCUGCGCGUCCACUGCCAACUAGCCGUCCUUCAUGAGUGGACAGAGAAAGAGAUACUGUUAAAAGCAAGCAUGCCACUGUCAUCGCUGGUGUAUCGGAAAAACCGCUGGGUGAAGUGCUGGCCAGAGUUAGGCCGCAUACUCAGUAAUUACGGGGACACACUCGACGAGCUGGUGGAUUUCAGUUUAAGUGAACGCGUUUACAACCAUUCGGAUGACAUGGAAUUUUCUGACAGAAUCGACGAGCAUAUCUUAGACAUUAUCAAGUGCUGCCCUAAACUCCUAACAUUCACGGUCAAAGAAACACUGUCGAGUGCAACCAUUCUCCUCAUUGCUUUCCAGAAAAGAAACUUUCCGAACUUACUUAUUCGAGAGGACAUGAUAAUCUACCUCAAUGAUCUACCUGACGAUAUAACGGCGGACGUGGCUGCCAGGAAUUUCGUUGACAACAACUGGGAAAAAGGCAUGUUCUGUCGAGCCAUGUCUUUUCUGUUAGGCCGCGAGUGGCACCCUCUCAACAAAGCAGAGUAUUACCAAUUAGUCCAGGCAAAAUACAGCGAGUUAUUUUGAUUUCAAUUUUAAUGGUAGAUUGUGUAUAUUUUCGCGCGCCAUGAUCUUAUAUAUAGUGAUAAUGUGACAUGUAGACAAAGUUUAUUGACCAACCAGACGCCUUUAUUAGCGUGGAAAUGAUUGUCUUUCCAUUUUAUUAUCUCACCUGAGUCGACAUCUUCUGUGAGAUGUUGGCAUAGCAAUCCGUUCAUCGUGCGCCGAGACUGAACUUGGGAAGGAUGGUUAGUACACGAUUCUGACUGUUGGUUGUUGUCGUUGUUAUGUGUCUGCUAUGACGGUUCCACUGGCUUCCUUGUUAUAUAUAAAGAAUUUUU